UUUUCCACUACUGGUGGUGAGCGCCGUUUGCGUGCGUGAGUGUGAAUGUAAAUGAAGAAAAUGGAAAAACGGGAAAAGCCGAUGUUUUUCAUUCUACUGUCACAUUUGGGGUGAUUUUUUUCCAGCACAAUUUUCUCUGGUGUAUCACUUCACCGUCAGCUGUCAAAGUUCAAUAAUUUUCACUUUUGGGUGCGAGUUUUCCUCCUUACACGGGCAAGGACACUGAUCCAAAACGGAAGUGAGAGCUAAUAUACUUUUACGAGGAUCAGAGUGCAGAAGGUGAAGAAAAUUGAAUGAGUUUUCUCGAAUAGACAGUGCAACACUAUUCUUUUGAUCUAAUAAAUAUCUGCAACGCGUUUUGCAAACGCACUUUUUCAGUGAUACUGAAGUGUCCUCGGAACGGAUAUACCUUCGGAGAUGGUCUUUUCGGUGGCACCAUUAGUGCUUCGAAAAUGUAGUUCAAGGUUUCUUCUGCAGAACGACGGUGAUUGUUCCUGAAUGUAGAAGUUGAAUAGGAGGGAGGAAAAAUCGCGAGUGAUAGUGUUUUCGGAGAAAAAGAGUGUUUGAGUUGGGCGGGGUGCAUACUUUUUGGGGUUACGAGGUUUUUUUUGGUGAAAGCUAAAUCUAAUGGAAAAAACACCAAGUUAAAGUGAUUGGAAUGUAAAAACAAAUUUCUAGCAAGGCACAGAAACCACCAUCAGCAGAGCAGCAUCGCCACCACACAAUUGGAAUAUGCAAAACAGACGGAGGAAUAUGAUUUAAAGUACCUUCAUAUAUUUAUUAGACUUGUUAAAGCGGCUGCAGAAGGGUGUCUACGAGACACCCUUGACGCGACAUCGAAUCGAAACUAGGCCACUAUCAGUGUAGAUUGUUGCAAGAUCGAUUCCCAAGGAAACCAUACAAUGGAACAGGAAAUUGGAAGCUGGGACUCUGUCCUGUUGGAGAACCUGUCGGAGGAUACGUUUAUUAAUAAUCUGCACCAGCGCUACAAACGGGAUUUGAUAUAUACGUAUAUCGGGACAUUCUUAGUCGCACUGAAUCCUUUUAAGCCGUUGACUAUCUAUACACCGGACCUGGUCAGAAAGUAUGCCAACAAGAGUUUGUUUCAGCUGCCACCGCACAUAUUCGCUCUCGCUAAUUCGGCUCAUCAGUUCCUUCUCAACUACAACGAGGACCAGUGUAUCGUCCUAUCGGGUGAAAGUGGUGCUGGUAAAACCGAGUCCUCCCGCAUGAUUGUGCACUUCCUAACGCAGCUGUCGGAAAUGCGUCGCAGUCGCACGCCGACCUUUUCGCUGCGCGGAUCCAACCCAAACUCGCGCCAAACCACCCCGAAACACUGCACCAUUACUAGGGUGGGAUCGUCUUUCGAAGGUGCCACCGGAUCAGGUCGUCCGGACAGCAUCAUGAAGUAUAACACUUCCAGGAAAUGCUCUCACGAAAAAACCGUCGAGUUCGACCUGAUUUCGCACCAUAAAAGUUCGGAAAAUCUGGCAGCUAUGAUGAGCGGCGGUGGAGCGGGUGUCAUGGGAAGCGGUAGCUUUUCUUCUGGAAACACACCGAAGUGUCUUAAACACUCAAAUCAAUCCAUAAGUCGGUCGACGGAAGCUAACGAAUUUCCUACAAAGUCGACAUUGAAGUCGGCAUUCGCUGCUUCGUCAGCAUCGUCCUGCCCGAAACACAAUUGCAACAGUGCCGGGAGUAGUCACAUGGAUCUACACCGUAUGUACGGAUAUUCGCCGUCACUACAGAAGCGAUGUAAUUUAGGCCGAUGUUGUCAUCAGAGUAGUAACCGAUCGAUUCACAAGUCAUCUUCGUCGAUUGCGUUGACCUACGAUCACAGCAAUAGCAUGAUGUCUCCAUCGGUUCACCGCCGUCAAAUUCUGAAAUCGAUAACGAAAGAGGUGUACCUGCGAGACUUGGAAUUGGCCAAAAUGCGGGAACGGGUAGCUCAUGCCGAGGUGUUUCUCGAAGCGAUGGGUAAUGCGUGCACCGGAAAGAACGCUAACUCCAGUCGGUUUGGAAAAUUUUUCGACAUAGAGUUCGAUUACAAAGGCGAUCCGACAGGAGCACACCUAACAAUGUAUAUGUUGGAAAAGACACGUGUAACAAAUCGAAGUCCAGGGGAACGAAACUUUCAUGUUUUCUAUCAGUUGUUAAGCGGUGCAGAUAUUCAGUUGCUCAAAUCGCUCAAACUUCAGCGCAAUAUCGAUAGGUACGAUCUGCUCAAAUACAGCUUCACCAAUGAAGAGGACCGCACUAAUUUUGCCUUCACUAAGCGUUCGUUAGAGGUUAUCGGUUUCAACCAAGACGAAAUCUUCUCUAUCUUCACCAUACUGGCGGUAGUGUUGAAGUUGGGCAAUCUUGUGUUCAUUCCCACGACCAACAUCGAUGGUAGCGAGGGCUGCGAAAUUUCUAAUGAAUAUGAGUUGGAUGAAAUUGCGCAACUGCUUCAACUGGAUAGCCAUCUGUUGUUUCAUUGUUUAACCCGAGUCGGCGAAAGUUGGGAUCAGAUCGAGACGGAUGGAUCGGAGAUUGAUGCCGUCUAUGCAGCAAAAAUUAAGUUUUCUCUGUGUAGGACGCUAUAUGGCAGAUUGUUCACGUUGAUAGCGACGCGGAUUAACGAACUGCUCAAGCUGAAACAAUACGGGUCGUCGAGUGUAGUUCGGGGGAAGACUAUUGGUCUGCUGGAUUUUUACGGAUUUGAAGUGUUAGAGAAGAAUUCGUUUGAACAGUUCGCUAUCAAUUACUGCAACGAGCGGUUACAGCAGCACUACGUUAAAAGCGUACUCAAAUACCAGCAGGACCUGUAUGUAGCGGAGGGCAUUGACUGGAUUAAGAUUGACUUCUUCGACAAUCAGGCGAUCUGCGAGCUGAUAGACAAGCCUUGCUUCGGAAUGCUGCACCUGUUGGACGAACCGCAGAUUAUUAAUGAUGGAAUAUUGCUCACCCGGUUGCAUCAGUGUUGUGCAGGUCACACCAAUUUCCUAGCCCGGGAUCCAACUUUGCCUUCUAAUUGUUUUCAAAUUCGUCACUUUGAGGGACCAGUCUUGUAUACCAACAAUGGCUUCGUCGAGAAAAACCUGGACCUAUUGCCGAAGCACAUAAGCGCCUGCCUUUACCAAAACUGUGAAUUACCGAUUGUGGCCAGCCUUUUUCCAGAAGGCAAUCCAAAACGGCACAGCUCUGGCCGUAAGCCAACUAGUCUGAGUACAAAUCUCCGUACCUCGCUACAAACACUCCUAAAACAGCUUGAACAACGUUACAAUCACUACAUCUUCUGCAUCAAACCAAACGAGCUGAAGCAACCAAAAAUGCUGGAGUUGGGGCUGGUACAGCAUCAAGUCCGAUACAUGUGCUUGAUGCCACUGAUCAACCUGUGGAGGAACGGAUACUACUUCAAUAUGGUGCACUCACGUUUCGUGCAACGAUACAAGCUGCUCUGUCAGUACACAUGGCCUCACUUCAGUGGAGCGAUUAUCGAUGGUGUAGCCCUGAUAAUCCGUAGUGUACCAUUACCUGGGGCCGAGUUUACCAUCGGUCGAAAAAAGGUGUUCAUCCGGAGUCCCCGGACCGUAUACGAGCUGGACGAGUUCCGGAAAGUGCGGCUCAACGAAUUGGCAGUGUUGAUUCAGAAGACGUAUCGUAGCUACACCAGGCGAAAACAUUUCCUAUCAUUGCGUCGCAGUCAACUGAUCAUAUCGAGUUACUGGAGGAGUUGGCGGGAACGGGAAAAGGUUAGAAUAACUGAAUUUAAGAAGCAAGCUCACUGGGCGGUGCAGGUCAUCGGACGCUUCUUCAUUCUGAUCAAG